AUGGAAUCCAUUCAACCUAUUCUUACUGCUUCGAAAGAAUUACUACACAACCUUGAAUUAUGGUUCGAUUCCCAGCCUCCCCAAGUCCAAAGUAUUGCACGCAUGGCACUAGAAGAAUGUUGGAAUAGUUAUUAUGCACUAUCUGAGUCAAUCAAAUCUCAGGACAUCGAGCAGCAGAGAGAAAAUGUCGCAGCACUCUAUCUUGACAUAGCAAGACUUAAGGCCACAUUGGGACUUGAAGGGUCUGAAGCAGCUCAACAACAACAAGUACUCCGUAGCUGGAUGGAAUCUCGUGAACCCGACGCAAUCCCACAUCUCACACAAGCCGAACAAGUCCUGAAGACAUUACCAAUCCAAUCUUCUCAUCCGCCAAUCCCACCCUCUCCAACACCACGUCCCGAGCGACUUGCACUCCAGCAAACUCCACCGGACGAAGAACAUGUCCACGUGAGCCCCGAACAGUUGUCUCGGCUGCUGACAGGCUAUGCACCGGCAUCAGGUCGAUCCCAUGAACAGAUUGCGCAUGAGAUCAUUAUGGAUCCUGAGUUUAAGCUCUACAAACGAGAACCAGACACAGAUCUCGAAUCGAGAGUACGAACGAUUGCUACCAAAGCAUUCUUUGACCGAGUUGCAGAAGAACUAGAUAAUGGUCACUCAGAAAAGUCUAUUCCAUCUUUAAUGAAUGAUAUCCGCACACGUUUAGUAGCCUUGGUACGUGAAGGAAGUCCAUGGGUCGAGCGUAUAAAAGAAGCUAUUGAUAUUGAAUUGAUCGAGCAAGAAACAAAGAAGGGCGCCUUUGAUCUUGAGAAAACAUUGGACAUGAUUGUGGAUUUUAUGCUGCAAAUGUGUGCACCAGCUAGGGAUGAAGCAAUUCAGGCCAUUCGUUCCCUGCCUCGGUCGGUGGACAAAAUAAGGGCUAUUCUUGAAACACUCGAGGACAUGUUGUUUGAUUUGAUGAACUUCCGCUUGCGUGCCCUUCGCCCAGCACUUAUACCAAUGGCUGUGAGCUAUGAAAGAGCUCGUUUUGCAGAAGCUCUAAGCCAUGGUCAAGCAGGGUUAGCAAAGACCCGAAGCUGGUUGCAAAAAGCUUAUCGGCGUGUUAAUGAGGCCAACAAACAAAGAGUGCCUGCAGAAGCAGCCAAAAGACCACAAGCUUUUCCUUCAAAAGAUAUGGUAUUUGAAGAAGCAUUUGUAUCUCUCUUGACCUCCACCGAUCCUCUGAUACGUAUUACCUGCCCCGAGACAUUAUUGUUGGAUGUUGACCGACUGGCAGACUACCAGCAGCACGUACAUCGUAUAACAACGGUGGCCGCUCUUUUAAUGCUAACACGUAACUUUGGUGGAACCGGAGAUCUGACAAAGCUUACAAAUACGCUGAGUGUGAUACUAGAAGAUUCUGCAACAGUACCGAUUGAUCAUCUCACGGUCGAGAUUGGGCAACACAUCAAAAACCCGUCUGUUCCUCACACUAUGGUCAGAUCGAUGGUUGAGAAAACACUGACUCACAAUGAUAUGGUAUACACACUACUUGCACGUAGAGUUGGAUCUGUUUUGCGCCAUCACCUUCACACUGGUCAGCUUGUAGAGCAAGAUACACUGGUGAGCAGCGGACUUGGCUAUGUUCGUCAACCCCUGAAAGACCUGUCCCAAAGGUUGUAUGUUCUUGUUCAUCACAACAGACAAGUAUACCAGCCUUGGUAUGACACCAUUAUUCAAGACGAACAAGAGGGUAUUCAUGUUAACCCUACCCCUUAA